AUGCUCCCUCCCCAGGCCUACAUCAACAUCUCCUUCUUCCAACCAACUGCUUUCCUCAUGACUGGCAUCCCGGGACUCGAGGCUGCUCAUGGCUGGAUCUCCAUCCCCUUCUCCUCCAUGUACACUGUGGCCCUCACUGGAAACUGCCUGAUUCUCCUGGCUGUCAGAAGGACCCACAACCUUCACCAACCCAUGUACUACUUCCUGUCCAUGCUGGCCCUCACUGAUGUGGGCCUCACCUUGUCCACUCUGCCCACCACCUUGGGUGUUCUCUGGUUUGAUCAUCAGCUCAUCAGCUUCAAUGCCUGCCUGGUCCAGAUGUUCUUCCUGCACACCUUCUCAGUAGUGGAGUCCUCGGUGCUCCUGGCCAUGUCAUUUGACCGCUUUUUGGCCAUUUCCAACCCACUGCGCUAUGCAGCCAUCCUCACAAAUGAUGUCAUCAUCAGGAUUGGGCUGGCCAUUGUGACUCGAGCCACUGUGUCCCUCUUCCCUGUGCCUUUCUUGCUGAAAAGGCUUAACUUUUGCCCAGACAAGAUCCUCUUGUCCCACACUUUCUGUUUUCACGCUGAUGUAAUGUGGCUAGCUUGUGAUGACAUCACCAUAAAUAUCCUCUAUGGGCUCUAUGUGUUACUGUCCACAGUGAGCAUAGACUCCCUGGCCAUCGUCCUCUCCUAUACCCUCAUCCUGCACACAGUCCUGGGCUUGGCCUCUCCCAGAGAACGUGUUCGGGCCCUCAACACCUGUGUUUCCCAUAUCCUAGCUGUGUUUGUCUUCUUCAUCCCAGUCAUUACCAUGUCUAUAAUCCACCGUUUUGGAAGGCACUUGCCUCCCAUUGUACAUGCCCUUGUUGCCUAUGUGUACCUGGUAGUGCCACCUGUGCUGAAUCCUAUCAUCUACAGUGUCAAAUCCAAGCCCAUCAGGGAGGCCAUGCUCAGGGCACUGAGGAAGACAGUCUAG